GCCCUCAAUAGAGCACCCUGAAAACGUUCAAAGAAAAUCAGUGUUUGGGGGCGCAUCAAGGAUAUUGCACAUGAAGGUACAAGCCCUAGUGCCACUCAGGGAGAGCGAUGGCAACACAUAUUUCUCAAACUGAGUAUGCCUAAAUCCAUCACUCGCCCGACGGUUACCUUCGAGAUCAGUCUCGCGCAGAGGUUUGCACCGAGUAAGAGCCAGUUUUGAGCUCAAUCAACGCUGCAUCUCCUUUCGACCAUGUCGUGCCUCGAAUGGGGAACGGAGCGAAAAACAAAAUCCCGCGCAAACUGCUACUGGUCGACCCGGUACCUUCGUGGGGCAGACUAGGACGCAGCAAAAGCAACAUGCUACCGGUGAGCACCUAUCCGCCCCAAGCCCAUCGGUACACCGUUGUCAGCAAGACACUCACCACAUUCGUCACCGUAUGCAUCAACGUGAAGCCCGGCUGCAGAUAACGAGGCAUCAUCAUCAACUUCCACCCUGCGAAGUGCGCACAGGAGGUCACACAGGUCUCGCUAUACAGACAGUCGAAGCAAAUAAGGCGAGUUCAGCACUCUUCCCUCUGUGUACACACGACGAACUACAGUAGCGCCAUCCAAUAAGCCAGGAGCGGAAGCAAGAGAAAAACUCACUUUGCAAGAAAAGCUCGCUUACGCCGGGAUCUCAACCCUUCACCUGACCUCUAGAAGGUUUCGAGGGUACCGACCGGGAACAACUUGGCCAACGCGGUAGCUCAAGACUAUUCGGCAAACAACAGGCGUGCUCGGUAUCUACGUGAUGCGGGCCGGAUCCGCCAUUACGCGAUAGGGUCCAUAUUCUUCUCUUCGUAUGUAUUACAAAGCGUUGCUCACAGUUCAUUUGAAGGCAAGCACUCCAGAGAAUUCCCCUCCAGGUGCCUAAAAUUCAGGUACCGAACGAGAUUUGCCGGCGCAUGACCGGACGAGAGCGGCAGAUGCAACAACGGAUCAUACGUUGGGGAAGGAACAAGGUAGUGCCCCGGCGAAGUAUCAUGUGGACCACGAAUGAAUUUCUUACGCAGGUGAUCGCAGCACGUUGAACUACCUGGCCUCUGAAGCCCCCAAUUACCAACGGAAUAUAGACACACGAAACCAACAGAAUGCCGUAAUAGAUGUGAUUACUGUAGACCGUUCAGUAUCUGUACGAGACAAGUACAGAGUUAGAAGAGGUCCAUUCUCGAUCAACGAAGCCAACGGUCAAUCAUAUCAGAACCGAAGGGCGUCCGAACUGCAUCAGCUACCCUUUUUCCGGAUGCGCUGCUUACCAUCAACGUUGACGCCAGGUACCUUCGAGUGCCAAGGGGAGGCCAUCAGCGGAACAAGGCAGCCACAAGUUAGCCAUGAAUUCCCGUUGGAUUGUGUACCGACGACGUUUCGAAUACUAGAGUAACGGAAUAUGUUCCGCCCCGUGUUCAAGUGCCAAUUACACUGUAGGUCAAGCCCACUGCAUGCACAGCGGCCUUCGACAAGCUGUACUUCCGCAGCACUUGAUCAUCCCCGGCAAGGUUCAUCUCACGAGGGAAAAUGGCCUGGCGCAUCCUCGAUAUUGGAAGGAUGUCUUUGCACACCAAACGCAAACCCACGGAGUUAGGCUUUCCCAGGAAGACAAAACUGGAGUGUUUACGGGUGUCGAUGUUGAUUACACAAAAUGCCUCACAUAAGCUUGAGCGCAUUUCGGGAAAAAAUGGCAUGUUUUGAUACUUGGAUAAAUCAACAGUGUACUGUUGCCCCAACCCAAACAGGGGAGAGGAAACCCUUGCCCGAAAAAGAACGAUAGGUGUGAUACACGGAGCCCCGUGUGCCUUGGUCUAUCUGGCUCACCCUCGCCUCGGGCUCCGGGCACGUCAAUACGGUUGUGCCCUUCAGGUGCUUGCUGCCGCACAUGCUGAUCGCAAUGGCCUGGGUACGAUCACAACAAACAUGCCUGCUUCUGGCUACAACGAAGGCGACGAGUUGGCAGCUGAAACCCGUUCCAGGGUUAGAUUGAGUACACCCCGAGCCGGACAAGAGGCUAGGAUAUGAGGCCAACAGAGCACCAUCACGUAAAGGCUCUACGGCGAAUGCCAGGAAGCGACAACUGAUCCCGAUACGUAGCACGAUCCUUGGUCUCACGUUUCCAGCAACCGGCUGGAGGUGAAUUCAGACACCCCCGACCUGUUCUACACCGAACUUCCUACCAACUGCUUGCCGCCGCGCUAGUCGGGGUUGAAUGGGUCAUGGGGACGAUUGGUCUGCCAUCUCGUAGUUCUCCAUCGCAAGCUAGCCCCAUGCGGAAA